GAAGUAUUUGAAAAAUUUUGAUCAUAUUAACAUUGAGUCCAGUGCUAUUGCAAAGUCUCUUUUACUGAAGAAAACCAAUACAAAUGUGGAUUGUGUAAGGAGUCAUGUGUUGAGACUGUUCAAAGUGAAAAUUGUUCUUCCACCCUACUCAAAUGCUGUUCUUCAAUUCAAAAAUAUUGAAGGUCAGACGUUAUUAUAUAUUUAUUUUUACGAAUAUUAUAUUUAAGGUUUCUUUUAAGAAAUAAAUUACUAAUCAUCAUUAUUCAUAAUGAUUAAAUUAUAUCUAAUAAUUUUAUAUUUUAUAAUAUAUUUCUUCUUUUUUGUUUUAUUAAUUACAUAUAAUUCUCCAUUGAAUUCAAAUUUUGUAAUGUCUGUAUUGUAUUGUAUUCAUAAUCAUUUCAAUUAUAAUAUGGAACUAUCAAAAGAUGAUACACAUGUUUGCUGUUUGUAGAACAUCUGCCUCUCAAAGGUCAUACCAUUCUGAAGAUAAACUAUAUGAGUGCGGUUUUUGUGAGAAGAAAUAUGUAAAUAAUUAUUACUGUCCUAUGACUUCUCACACAGGUCGCAUUCCUAUAAGUUCUAAAUCAACUCAAAUAUCACAAUCAUUUUACCAAUGUAGAAUUGUUUUAUUUUAGAAACUCAAUAUUUUUAGAUUUUCACAAUCAAAUUAUAAUAUUCCUAUCAAAGGUUUUGAAUAUAUAUCAUGUAUUAAAAAACACUAUGUUCACUUUUUUCAUUUUUUUUAUAAGACUGACAUUUUCAUUAUAUUAAUGUUUCAUAAAAACAUUAAAAUAUUAUGGUUAUAUUUUAUAUUAGACCAUCUUUAGUAGAUAAAUGGCUUUUAAUAUUGAAUAUCUUAUAAUAGUAACUCAAGUGUAUUUUGGUUUUAGGAUGCAUUGGCCAAGGAUUUGUCAUCUGUGGACCAAGUUUGAUCUUAUUUUGCUGUAUCCUUAUCUGAAGACAACCAUAAGGAAUGAAGUGUGUGGAGAAAGACAUGUGUUAUGAAUAUUCAAUGUCUAAAAUUAUCUUUCACAAAACUCACCUUUAUCUAGCUGCAUAUUGUUCAAAUGGUGUUUCUCAAUUUAAGAAUUUUUAAAGGUUGUACAUAAUAAAAAACUGUUUAAUGCACAUUACUAAUUCUUGUGUUUGUUUGUCUCAGGAAGUAUUUGAAAAAUUUUGAUCAUAUUAACAUUGAGUCCAGUGCUAUUGCAAAGUCUCUUUUACUGAAGAAAACCAAUACAAAUGUGGAUUGUGUAAGGAGUCAUGUGUUGAGACUGUUCAAAGUGAAAAUUGUUCUUCCACCCUACUCAAAUGCUGUUCUUCAAUUCAAAAAUAUUGAAGGUCAGACGUUAUUAUAUAUUUAUUUUUACGAAUAUUAUAUUUAAGGUUUCUUUUAAGAAAUAAAUUACUAAUCAUCAUUAUUCAUAAUGAUUAAAUUAUAUCUAAUAAUUUUAUAUUUUAUAAUAUAUUUCUUCUUUUUUGUUUUAUUAAUUACAUAUAAAUCUCAUAUAAAUCUCCAUUGAAUUUAAAUUUUGUAAUGUCUGUAUUGUAUUGUAUUCAUAAUCAUUUCAAUUAUAAUAUGGAACUAUCAAAAGAUGAUACACAUGUUUGCUGUUUGUAGAACAUCUGCCUCUCAAAGGUCAUACCAUUCUGAAGAUAAACUAUAUGAGUGCGGUUUUUGUGAGAAGAAAUAUGUAAAUAAUUAUUACUGUCCUAUGACUUCUCACACAGGUCGCAUUCCUAUAAGUUCUAAAUCAACUCAAAUAUCACAAUCAUUUUACCAAUGUAGAAUUGUUUUAUUUUAGAAACUCAAUAUUUUUAGAUUUUCACAAUCAAAUUAUAAUAUUCCUAUCAAAGGUUUUGAAUAUAUAUCAUGUAUUAAAAAACACUAUGUUCACUUUUUUCAUUUUUUUUAUAAGACUGACAUUUUCAUUAUAUUAAUGUUUCAUAAAAACAUUAAAAUAUUAUGGUUAUAUUUUAUAUUAGACCAUCUUUAGUAGAUAAAUGGCUUUUAAUAUUGAAUAUCUUAUAAUAGUAACUCAAGUGUAUUUUGGUUUUAGGAUGCAUUGGCCAAGGAUUUGUCAUCUGUGGACCAAGUUUGAUCUUAUUUUGCUGUAUCCUUAUCUGAAGACAACCAUAAGGAAUGAAGUGUGUGGAGAAAGACAUGUGUUAUGAAUAUUCAAUGUCUAAAAUUAUCUUUCACAAAACUCACCUUUAUCUAGCUGCAUAUUGUUCAAAUGGUGUUUCUCAAUUUAAGAAUUUUUAAAGGUUGUACAUAAUAAAAAACUGUUUAAUGCACAUUACUAAUUCUUGUGUUUGUUUGUCUCAGGAAGUAUUUGAAAAAUUUUGAUCAUAUUAACAUUGAGUCCAGUGCUAUUGCAAAGUCUCUUUUACUGAAGAAAACCAAUACAAAUGUGGAUUGUGUAAGGAGUCAUGUGUUGAGACUGUUCAAAGUGAAAAUUGUUCUUCCACCCUACUCAAAUGCUGUUCUUCAAUUCAAAAAUAUUGAAGGUCAGACGUUAUUAUAUAUUUAUUUUUACGAAUAUUAUAUUUAAGGUUUCUUUUAAGAAAUAAAUUACUAAUCAUCAUUAUUCAUAAUGAUUAAAUUAUAUCUAAUAAUUUUAUAUUUUAUAAUAUAUUUCUUCUUUUUUGUUUUAUUAAUUACAUAUAAUUCUCCAUUGAAUUCAAAUUUUGUAAUGUCUGUAUUGUAUUGUAUUCAUAAUCAUUUCAAUUAUAAUAUGGAACUAUCAAAAGAUGAUACACAUGUUUGCUGUUUGUAGAACAUCUGCCUCUCAAAGGUCAUACCAUUCUGAAGAUAAACUAUAUGAGUGCGGUUUUUGUGAGAAGAAAUAUGUAAAUAAUUAUUACUGUCCUAUGACUUCUCACACAGGUCGCAUUCCUAUAAGUUCUAAAUCAACUCAAAUAUCACAAUCAUUUUACCAAUGUAGAAUUGUUUUAUUUUAGAAACUCAAUAUUUUUAGAUUUUCACAAUCAAAUUAUAAUAUUCCUAUCAAAGGUUUUGAAUAUAUAUCAUGUAUUAAAAAACACUAUGUUCACUUUUUUCAUUUUUUUUAUAAGACUGACAUUUUCAUUAUAUUAAUGUUUCAUAAAAACAUUAAAAUAUUAUGGUUAUAUUUUAUAUUAGACCAUCUUUAGUAGAUAAAUGGCUUUUAAUAUUGAAUAUCUUAUAAUAGUAACUCAAGUGUAUUUUGGUUUUAGGAUGCAUUGGCCAAGGAUUUGUCAUCUGUGGACCAAGUUUGAUCUUAUUUUGCUGUAUCCUUAUCUGAAGACAACCAUAAGGAAUGAAGUGUGUGGAGAAAGACAUGUGUUAUGAAUAUUCAAUGUCUAAAAUUAUCUUUCACAAAACUCACCUUUAUCUAGCUGCAUAUUGUUCAAAUGGUGUUUCUCAAUUUAAGAAUUUUUAAAGGUUGUACAUAAUAAAAAACUGUUUAAUGCACAUUACUAAUUCUUGUGUUUGUUUGUCUCAGGAAGUAUUUGAAAAAUUUUGAUCAUAUUAACAUUGAGUCCAGUGCUAUUGCAAAGUCUCUUUUACUGAAGAAAACCAAUACAAAUGUGGAUUGUGUAAGGAGUCAUGUGUUGAGACUGUUCAAAGUGAAAAUUGUUCUUCCACCCUACUCAAAUGCUGUUCUUCAAUUCAAAAAUAUUGAAGGUCAGACGUUAUUAUAUAUUUAUUUUUACGAAUAUUAUAUUUAAGGUUUCUUUUAAGAAAUAAAUUACUAAUCAUCAUUAUUCAUAAUGAUUAAAUUAUAUCUAAUAAUUUUAUAUUUUAUAAUAUAUUUCUUCUUUUUUGUUUUAUUAAUUACAUAUAAAUCUCAUAUAAAUCUCCAUUGAAUUUAAAUUUUGUAAUGUCUGUAUUUAUUGUAUUCAUAAUCAUUUCAAUUAUAAUAUGGAACUAUCAAAAGAUGAUACACAUGUUUGCUGUUUGUAGAACAUCUGCCUCUCAAAGGUCAUACCAUUCUGAAGAUAAACUAUAUGAGUGCGGUUUNUCACACAGGUCGCAUUCCUAUAAGUUCUAAAUCAACUCAAAUAUCACAAUCAUUUUACCAAUGUAGAAUUGUUUUAUUUUAGAAACUCAAUAUUUUUAGUUUUGCACACCCAAAUUAUAAUAUUCCUAUCAAAGGUUAUGAAUAAAUAUCAUGUAUUAAAAAACACUAUGUUCACUUUUUUCAUUUUUUUUAUAAGACUGACAUUUUCAUUAUAUUAAUGUUUCAUAAAAACAUUAAAAUAUUAUGGUUAUAUUUUAUAUUAGACCAUCUUUAGUAGAUAAAUGGCUUUUAAUAUUGAAUAUCUUAUAAUAGUAACUCAAGUAUAUUUUGGUCUUAGGAUGCAUUGGCCAAGGAUUUGUCAUCUGUGGAACAAGUUUGAUCUUAUUUUGCUGUAUCCUUAUCUGGAGACAACCAUAAGAAAUGAAGUGUGUGGAGAAAGACAUGUGUUAUGAAUAUUCAAUGUCUAAAAUUAUCUUUCACAAAACUCACCUUUAUCUAGCUGCAUAUUGUUCAAAUGGUGUUUCUCAAUUUAAGAAUUUUUAAAGGUUGUACAAAAUGAAAACUGUUUAAUGCACAUUAAUAAUUAUUGUGUUUGUUUGUCUCAGGAAGUAUUUGAAAA